GCUCAGCUGGUCGGACCAUUUCUGACCCACUCGAGUCGUGCUGCCGCCGUCAGCUUUUAUCUCUAUCCCAUAGGCCAGACCGCCAGAGUAGAGAGUUUGCUGAUUACUGCGCGGUGGGGUUUCACUAUAAAAUCCAUAGGCUCCCCCGCAGCGGAAAAAAUGGCCGGUAGUCUUCUACACUCCUUCGCCACUUCCUUCUCUUCUUGCUCGUCUUCGUCUUCUUCCCGUCUCCUUCUCUCCCAUUCUCCCCCUUCCUUGUUCUUCACGAGAUUCCGCGGGGCCGCCGCUUUUGCAGUCCCCGGGGUUCGAUUCUCGCGUGUCCUCGCUUCUUCUUCUUCAUCUUCUCGCUCGCCGUUGUGUUACCGGAGAGGACAGAGGAGUCACAUGGCGCACUCGAUUGCUCGGGCCACUCUGGGCCUCACUCAGCCCAACGCCGUCGACGUCCCAAAGAUCGCAUUUGCUGCGAAAGAGAUUGAUGCGGUGGAAUGGAAAGGAGAUUUACUUGCGGUUGGUGUCACCGAGAAGGACAUGGCUAAGGACGAGAGCUCGAAGUUUGAUAACUCACUUCUGAAGAAGCUCGAUUCCCAGUUGGGUGGUCUCUUGAGUGAAGCAUCUUCCGAGGAGGAUUUCACCGGGAAAGCUGGUCAAUCGAUGGUGCUUAGGCUUCCUGGUAUGAGCUCCAAAAGGAUAGGCUUGAUUGGUCUUGGACAAUCUAGUUCGACCACAUUUGCUUUCCGUGGCUUCGGUGAGGCUUUUGCUGCUGCUGCCAAGUCUACUCAGGCUAACAGUGCUGCUGUUACCCUUGCAACGACGAGCAGCAUCUCAAACGACUCGAAACUCAGCACGGCUUCAGCAAUAGCAUCCGGGACUUUGUUGGGAUUGUAUGAAGACACUAGGUACAAGUCAGAAGGAAAGAAACCGGUGCUUAAAUCUGUUGAUUUCGUUGGUCUUGGAAGUGGAGCAGAAAUAGAGAAGAAAUUAAAAUAUGCUGAAGAUGUUUCCACUGCUGUGAUUUUCGGGAAAGAGCUUGUGAAUUCCCCAGCUAAUGUUCUCACUCCUGUUGUACUGGCUGAGGAAGCCUCCAAGAUUGCUUCCACAUACAGUGACGUUUUCACUGCUACUAUCCUGGACGCUGAAAAGUGCGAAGAAUUGAAAAUGGGAUCCUAUCUUGGUGUUGCUGCAGCAUCUGCAAACCCGCCUCGUUUCAUUCAUUUGUGUUACAAGCCCUCGAGUGGACCUGUUAAAACCAAGCUGGCAUUAGUUGGAAAGGGAUUGACUUUUGACAGGUUUUUCGAUUAUUCAGCCAUGUCUGAAAAAGCAGUGUUCUAUGUCUGUAGUGGUGGCUACAACAUCAAGACAGGAGCAGGCUGUUCCAUUGAGCUCAUGAAAUUUGACAUGGGUGGUUCAGCAGCAGUUCUUGGUGCAGCAAAAGCCAUAGGUCAAGUUAAACCUCCUGGAGUCGAGGUUCACUUCAUUGUUGCAGCUUGUGAGAACAUGAUCAGUGGGACUGGUAUGAGGCCUGGGGAUGUAGUCACAGCAUCAAAUGGAAAAACAAUUGAGGUGAAUAACACCGAUGCUGAGGGCAGGCUUACGCUUGCUGACGCUUUGGUUUAUGCAUGCAAUCAGGGUGUUGAUAAGAUAAUUGAUCUGGCAACGUUAACUGGAGCCUGUGUAGUUGCUCUUGGACCCUCAAUCGCAGGUGUCUUUACACCAAGCGAUGACCUGGCCAAGGAAGUAUCAACCGCAGCAGAGGCGAGCGGGGAGAAAUUUUGGAGGAUGCCAUUAGAAGAGAGCUACUGGGAAAGUAUGAAGUCAGGAGUAGCGGACAUGGUCAAUACCGGUGGUCGCCAGGGAGGAUCCAUCACUGCUGCUCUUUUCCUGAAACAGUUCGUCGACGAGAAAGUCCAAUGGAUGCACAUCGACAUGGCUGGACCUGUUUGGAACGACAAGAAGCGUGCUGCUACAGGAUUUGGAAUUGGAACUCUGGUGGAGUGGGUCCUGCUCAACUCUUCUUCAUAGGCUCACACAAGCAGCAGCAGCACAAGGAGCAAUGCUUUUUAAUGGUUUCGGGAUCCAUCAGUUUCAGGAAUAAUAGAAAAUCAAAAGGGUGUUUGGAAUAGAAAGGAAAAAAGGGAUCUUUAUGUGAGGAAUUUUGGUAUAUCUUCUUUUGGCAAUUUGGGGACGAGCAGAGUUAGGGACUCUGUUAUUGCUUCUGCCUGGAGUUCUAUUACGGCCAUUAUUGCUUUUUCUCGCUUUGCAUGCUUAAAACUGGGAAAUAGAUUUCCUUUCAGACAUUACCUUUGGUACUACAUGAUUCAGGAAAGUCCUUUCUGAACAAGAUUGGUUCCUAACCGAGUGAUCAUCGUUCCCUAACCGAAUCCUCUAUAACUAA